AUGUCGGUAGAUUUAUAUGACUUUGCAGGACAGCACCUUUACUAUGCAUCUCAUCCUGUCUUUCUGUCACCACGAGCAGUGUAUGUUCUGGUGCACAACCUGAGCAAACCACUUGAUGCCAUUGCUGAACCUUGUGUUAGGCAAGGAACUCAUAACAUUAUUUUAGAAAACCCCAACUGCGAAACCAAUUUGGAGGUUUUACUGUCAUGGCUUGUUACGGUUUGCAGUAUCAGACCAAGAGGAGUAGAAAUGAUUGUCAACGCUGAAAGACAGUUGCCUUAUCUUCGGCCUCCUGUCAUUGUUGUUGGUACACAUGCUGACAAACCAUCUGAGGACAUUGAAAGCAUGAUAUCACAGAUACAGAGGGAAAUUUCUGGCAAAGAAUAUGAAAAGCAUGUGAUCAGGCAUUUCUUCAGAGUAGAUAACACGCAGGGCUACAAGUCACUAUUGAGGCGAAUGAAGAAUUUUCUUGCAGGUACAGACCUAAAAAUAAUGUUAAGUGCAAGUGUAAUGACCUGGUUUAAUAGCUGCCGUAUUCGAAAACUUGUCAUAAUGCAGAAGUGUACUUUUAAACCAAAAAUAUCUUCAAUUCCAGUUUAGUCUAUGCGUCUAUAGGUGUGAAUUAAUAUCAAACAGGUAGGUGAGACAAUUAUUUCUUUACUGUUUCAGUUCAUUCAGUAUUUUCAGUUAGCAUCUUUAAGCCCACCUAACAAGUCCCUGAUACGUUGUUACUCUUAAGAGAGAUAUAGAAUCACGUUUACGGAAAGCUCGAGAUGCAAGUUGACACCUCUCUCAAGUUGGGAAAUGACCAAACAAAUCUGAUGGAUGAACGUGACAUGAAACAACUUAUUCCUGUGUAGAUGAAAUGAAUAGCAAACGACAGGUAAAGGAAAAACUUCAGUGGUCACGCUGUACAAAUUGACUUUUGCCGUAAACGUGAUUCUAAAUCUCUAUUGACGUGGAAAAUGCGGUCCAGCUUUUAAAUAUCUUUAAGCUGGUGGAUAAAUUUAUUACUGACACUUACCAAGAUCAUCAGUGCUUCCAGCAUGUUAUUUUGUUAAUCGUGUCAGACCGACAACAAUCGCAAAACAUAAAUUGAUGUAUUUCCAAAGGACAAAAUGGUAGAUUUGAUAUACUAUCGCUAGUUUUUCCUUCUUGAUGCUGAAAGCACAAUCCAAAGAUGUAACGUAAUCCCAUUAAGCCCUGGGGGCACCAACCAUGUGGUCCCAGGAUUAUCUGCAGCUUUUUAACGCUGACCGAGAAAGGAAGAAAUAAACACUGGCCCAAGCAUCAGUGGAAAGGCAUAAGGACGGGUGACGGUUAGGGUUGAUAGAUUUCUCCCUUCGUUUGUUCAUAUAAUCUCAGUUAUACAGGCUGGUCGCUUCGCGACCCUGGUUUAGUUAAUUAAUUUAUCUAUUUAUUACAGAUUCACUCCACUGCAUAACAAGCAAAUAAUGAAAUGAAAUAAGCUAACACUACUUUAACAAACAAACAAACAAAAAAAAAAGUUGUGGAGAAGGAGACAAAAAGAAAUUAUAUUUCACAAACUCGGUCGAAAAGUAUGAAAAUAGAGUAGGUAGAUUACGACACCAAGGAGUAAACUUUAAUGUCUGACACAUGUGACAAAAGGCAUUAGAAAAUAAAAGUUCUGAAAAAUGAUGCUAAAUACACUGGUUGGCAACGUCAGGACGCAGGGAAAAAAUUCCUCAGAACACAGUUAUGGUUGAUUGAGGACAGUUUGGCAGUAUUUUCAAUCGAAUACUGGCUUAUAGUAAAACUUCUGGAAGGUGGAUUGACAUGACCCAUCAGCCAUUUUCAUAAUCUCAUCCAGAGAAACUCUGCCGUUGGCUGCCACAGUGGUUGAAGCUGAACGAACAGAGUGGUCCUUGGAAAUGUCCGUAUUGAUACUAUCAUCUCGGAUGGUAAACCUUAGCCAGUACCCAAUAGUAGCAGAGGAAACUCGUUUGUGAGGCUUUAUAUACGAGAUGAACAGACGGUCUGGUGAGGAGCAUUUAACAUUUGGGUAGAAUCUCCUUAAGACGGAAAGAUUGACCUGUAGACAUAAACUGUGAACUGGACGCAGCCUAAGAGUUUCGUGAAGGACGACCAAAACACAAUAAAUUUCAUGGGCAAUAAACUUCUGAAAGGGGUGUGGUGAAGUGGGGGAAGGGAAGGGAAGGGGGGAGGGACAAUGAUGAACACAUAUAGGUAAGAAUUCUUUUCCCUGUUGCUGUGAUCGAAUUUGAUUUACAAUUUUUGUUUUAAAACCAGUUUUAAUUUAAUUAAUAAAUCAGUAUUAAAUACCGAGAGUUACAUGUUACCGGUUGUCAUUGUCACUUUUUUCGAUCGAAGGGACUAACGAUACCAGUGGUGAUGACAUUGAUGCACUGCGGGCUAAAAUCAUGGAAGUGUUGAGAAAUGAGCCAUACAUGGGAGAAAAAAUACCAGUCAGGUAUUUGAUUGAUUGUUUUGAUCUCCAGGGAUUAUUUUACCUCAUGGUUCUUACUUCAGCCCGUUUCCAUAUGAUCGCUGCGACUGCUGAGAAAAAAAAAGUUCAGUGAUCGCAGCGAUCAUAGCGAUCAUAUGGAAACCACUAUCCAGCGAUCGCUGUGACAACGAUCGCUGAGAUAGAACUUUUUCUAUCUCAGUGAUCGUUGUCAUAUGAUCGCUUCGAUCGCUGCGAUCAUAUGGAAACCCGGUUUUAGACAAUUAGCCACCUUUAGAGUGCGAGAUCGAGCACGAGUACGACGGUGGAAUGUCAAGGCAAAAACGCUAAAACGGCCCAACAGAAUUCUUUUUAAACCUCGUCCCUUAGUCUUCAUAAUCUAUAUAACAAUGUCUGAAACUUUCAUUAAGAUUGAUUUGCUGUAACACCUUGAAAUUUCAAGACAAACCUAGCCUACGAACAGGCCAAAAAUCCAGCGUUAUAACAUUCACUGUUUUGACGUUAUGCUGAUUUUUCCAAAUUAACGCCCACCAUACAUACCUCCAUGGCUAGUACAUUUCAAUGUGAAUAUUGUCAAUGUUUUACAUUAAGAAUAUGCAAUAAAAUUCAUACUAAAAUAUACUAGCCGUGGAGGUAUGUAUGAUGGGCAUCAAUUUGGAAAAAUUAGCAUAACGUCAAAACAGUGAAUGUUGUAACGCGGAUUUUUGGCCGGUUCGUAGGCUAGGUCCUUCGUGAAAUUUUAAGGUGUUGCAGCAAAUCAAUCUUAAUGAAAGUUUCAGACAUUGUUAUAUAGAUCAUGAAGAUUAUGGGGUGAGGUUUAAAAAGAAUUCUGUUGAGCCGUUUUAGGGAUAAUACAGAAAAGCGCUAAAAUUCGAAAUUUAGAAUAAAGUUGCCUUUAGACAGGUGGUGAGAAAAAAGGUUAGUUUUCAGGAUCGCAAGAAAGGAAAUACCAAAAUUUCCUAGCAUCGAAAAAUGAUAUUAAGAAGCCUUCUGACGCUACUUAAGAUUAAUGUGAGUUAUUUAGAACUUUUUUAUUAAACGUUUUAUCACGGCUAUUGAAAAUAUAAGGUUUGAAAUAAUAUUUCAAACCUUCUAUUUAUGUUUUCCUUUUAUUUGAAUUCAAACGUACAGAAUUUUUUACUUCUCACGGAGGGUAUUUGCUAAACACCAAACUAUAAGUACUUGGUGUCGGAUUUUCAGUAGCAGGUCUAGAUCGGGCAAAAUUUGGAUUUUUUCGAUUUCAAAGUUUUUUUGUGUAUUGUUGUCUUAGUGAUAUCGAUUUUACUAAAAACUGCAUUUUGACAAACUUCAAUUCAUACUCAAUCACUGGUGAAAAUCUCGUAGCGAUCGGACAAGGAUAAAAUCACUUUUAAGGUGACUGAAAAACAUCGGUAUGGUCUGCCAAAAACUGUAUCGAAACACCAAAUACAGUUCUUUUUUAUGUUCAUUUUUACUUCACUUCUAAUUUGGUAUGCCGAUUUUAUAUGAGGAAUAAGCUGAGCCACUAAAUACUCUUAGCCAUAGUAUUAUACUGUAUUUUUUUCUAAAGAAAAUAAGAACCUAAAUAGCCUAAACUUGCUCUAACUACCGUUUAUAUAAGAACCUAUUUAGGCUAACUUGGAAAAAUCAAGGUUCUUAGUCGCGGGCUUUUACUGUAUCUGGAGAUAAGGUAUUGAAAACUUUUACGACGACAAUGGAACAUUUAUGUGAUUAAAUCAUUUGCGUCAAUACCUUCAAUUAAAUCAAAAUCAUACAACGUUCUGAAACUUAAUUUUGAACAAAAAAAAACGAAACUGCAACUGUAAUGUCAUAUCUUAAUGCUGUCCUGACUCAUAACAAAGUCAACGAUAAACUUCAUAAUCGACCGUCAAAUAGCAUAUGUGUGUGAAACUGACCAGAUGGCAGAAUUUUUAUGUUGUACUCACUUUAAUUUAGCGACCAUUUAAAUUUAGCGACACUAAAUAAUUUUGGUGCAUUUUAACUUAGAAAAAAUCGCUAAAUUCGCUAAAUUAAAGUGUCGCCAAAAUUUCAUGUAAUAAAGUCUAAAUUUUUAAAAACUUAUAAAAAUUAAACUGGAAAGAAAGAAGCGAAAAAACGGUUUUAUCUGUCACUUCACGACUAUGCUAAAAUAGAAAGAACUUUUUGGAAGCGUUGUUAAUAGUCCACAAGGCAUUGAAGACCUAGCUUCCAUUAAACUGUAUAAGGCAAUGAUACUAGAUGGUUUUGAAUACUGCAAAAAAAAAGUGGAGAGAGUAUUAUGCAGAGAUCUUUCACCUGUCUAAGGAACGAAAACCUGCUCGAACUAAAAAUCGUUAAUGUAGAAAGUCAGUCCGUUCUAAAUCCAGUGUAAAUCUACCUGAACCUAAAAACGGUAAAGAAUACUAACUUUACUAGUUAGGCUCACUUUUGGUGGAAUUAGACACGUAUCUUGUUUUCUCUGUCUGUAAUUAAUUUUAUAGAGCCAUAGACUAUGUUGCUGGGCGCUACCUAGCAAAUUUGCAAGUUAGAUUUAACUUAAGCUUCACAAUUUUUUGUGUUUAUAAUCUUUCAUCUACCAUUGUUCUGUAGGUGGGUCGAUUUUGAGAAGGUAAUUGGGAAUAUGGUAGCUCGGAGCAUUCAUUGCACGACUGUGGAAGAGCUUCAAACUUCUGCCAGGGAGAUCUGCCUAAUAGAAGACGAGGACGAGUUUCAAACGAUGUUAAAUUUCUACCAUGACCUCGGACUGAUUAUUAGGCACCGCAACACAGUUAUUCUGGAGUCUGAAUGGUUGAUAGAUCUGUUCAGACAGCUGAUCACCAUUCCACGUUAUGAAAAAGCAGUAAGAAGACAGAAGCAUUCAUAAUAACGUUCAUUUUUGUGCCCAUGUUAAAUAUAAGAAGUAAUUUUAAGUAACCUUGUUGGCUUACCGGACCGAAUAAGCGUAAUAUUAGGUCCUGUUAGUCUGCGGUAGCGGCAAAGGUUUUGAAAUCAAGAAACAGGAUUCAGUUUCUUUUUGAUACUUAAUGACAUCGUUAGGAUACUUUUUUCUUUUGAAAACAUUUCUUUAAAACAGAGGGUUUUGAAGGUAACCUUCAAACAUAUGCAGUAUCAUUUGUCAUGUUUUUUUAUAUAUAUUAUUUUUACUAGGAUCCUCUGCAUUCUAGCCACUGGCAAGAAUUGGAAAAAAGUGGUGUUCUCUGCAUGGAACUUAUUGAUCACGUUUUUUCCAAAUUUAUCAAGCAAAGCUUUGCCCAGCAGGACAUCUUGGAUAUGAUGGACAAGUUUGGUUUGAUUGCCAAGUUUACAUCGACGGCCUUCGGUACCACGUACUUCGUCCCCGCACAACUCAAGACCCCACCCAUGAAGGUUUGUAACCUUGUGCCCACCCCUACUGAUCCAUGUCCACUGUAUCUUCAUUUCCGAGGUGGGUUUGUCCCGAAAGGUCUCUUCAUACGUCUUGUUUCGAGUUUUAUUUCCUGGUGCUGUAAGACUUGGCAGGAGACACCACCUCCUACUCUGUACCAAAAUGGUGCCCAUUUCGUUAUUGUCGGAGAGCAGAUAAUCUAUGAUUUCAUUCUUCUUUGCAAAAAGAAUUUUAUCAAGAUUGUGUUGAGGCAGAAAGAUGAGGCCGAUGAAGAAUCUGUUUCAGUGUCUGAAUCGAUUGAGAUACCAAGUCGUGUUCGUGUCUUCAUAGACGACACUUUGCAAAAGUUGUCACACGAGUUGCCAUGUCUUAGCGGUUUGCAGUAUGAGUUAUCCGUUGCGUGCCCCAACUGUCUGGCUGAAUGUCCAAAUCACCGGGACGCCGCAUGUACCCAAGAAGAGUGCACACACUUUUUAAAACUAAAAGAAGGGCAGCGGCUGGUUUGCACAAAGAUCGUUGGCAACAGUGUGAGGAGGGUUCCUGGAAUAGAAAAGUGGCUGUCUCUAAGACGAACUCAGGUGAAAUUAAAGAGAUAUAAUAUUAAAUUACGUUAAGUGGUCCAAGUAAUCCUUUAUAGUGUUGACAUCUACACUAUCAGCCUGCGUAGAACGAGCGCUCCCCUCCAUUGCUUUUGCCCGACCAAAACCGCCAGUUAGUGAUUGGUUAAUAUAACCUUAGCUAUCUCACUCAAAAUCCGAAACUUCUUUCCACUAAGAAGAGAUAGACGUGAGUCUAUUAUGCUUUACUGCAUUAAACUUGGCAAGUAUGAAUCUGUGCUUAAGUCAACAAAAGUUGUGCGAGAUUUCGUCUUGCUUUGCUAUCGACAAGAGGUGUGAAACCUUAAAGGUAGCCCAAAUUUCAACGCCUUCCCAAAGGACAAUUGAUGUGCUGCAGCUGUAACGGAGUACAUACAUACUGUCUCGAGGCGCAAUUACCCCACAGACUUGUUCGUACGGUUAACAUUGUUUUACUGUUUUUUUUAAAAACCAUUUUAGUCCGGUAUAUUUAGCAAAGACUUAAAGAAAAUGUUAGAGCACUUCGGCAACCAAGCAAGUGGGUCAUGACCCUUUUGACGCAACCGGUGGCUGAAAAUCAGUACUAACUUUCUCAACAUACUGCUUCCUUGAAUCACUUUAGGUUUUUGGCAAACUGCCCACCUACCCCUGCCCUAAGCCAACAUUUUGCCCUAAUUGAGAAGUAAGUGAUAAUGUUGGCUUUGGGGAGGGGUAGGCGGGCAGUUUCCUAGAAACCUAAAUUGAUCCACUUCUUUUACAUACACAGACAUUGCAAGACAGAGGAGAUGAAAGUGACCCGGAGAAAUCUGUUAAAGCACUGAAUGUUACUUUGUUGGCGAGUGAGUGGGGCUCAUCCAUGGGUGGCUUGUCAACAAUUAACAGAAAUCUCGCCAUUCUACUUGCGAAGCACAGCUUGUUCAACAUUACUCUUUUGGUACCACAAUCGUCUUGCAGUGAGGAAGACAGGAGAGACGCUGCAGAACAGAACAUUGUCAUUCGUGAAGCAGAGAGUCUACCAGGAUUUGAUCCUCUUGUCUGGUUGAGCUUCCCACCGAAAAACCUUGCUAUCGACAUCGUCCUGGGCCAUGGGGCAAAGUUGGGAAAACAAGCGCAAGUAAUUCGGAAGUCCCACGGCUGUAAGUGGGUACAGGUGGUCCAUACUGCACCUGAAGAACUUGGAAUGUUCAAGAACUAUGACAGCGCGGUUGCCAAAGGUGAAGAGAAGAACAGAGCUGAAGUAGACUUGUGCAGACUGGCAGAUCUUGUCGUGGCAGUCGGACCCAGGUUGAGAGAAACCUAUUCAUCCUACCUGCGGGUUUGCAAGAAACACCAAUACAUCUUCCAGCUUACCCCAGGUACUUUCCAUGAAUUUUCAAUGCUGGAACAAGCUACACGGGAGGAAGGGAGGUUUAAGGUUUUAACCUUUGGCCGCGGUGAUUCUGAAGACUUUAGUCUCAAAGGAUAUGACAUUGCCGCCAAAGCAGUUGUUGAAUUGAAAGAUAGCUCUUACUGCCUGGUGUUUGUGGGCGCUCCCAUUGGGAAACAAGACGAAGUCGCCCAAAACCUGCUUCAGACUGGAAUUGCUAAAGACCAGCUUAUUGUCAGAGCGUUUGUGCAGAGCAAGGAAAGGUUAAAAGAACUGUUUUGUGAGGUUGACCUUGCCAUUAUGCCUUCCAGAACAGAAGGUUUUGGAUUAACAGCUCUGGAGGCGUUGUCUGCUGGUCUCCCCAUUCUAGUGAGUGGCAAUUCAGGAUUCGCACAUGCACUACGCGAGUUACCCUCAGGAAAAUCGUUUGUGGUGAAUUCCAACGAUCCAAUGGAAUGGGCGAAAGCAAUUGCUGCUGUUCGCGAAAAAGGAAGAGCACAACGUCUUAAAGAAAUCCAAACCUUGCGUGCAAGCUACGAAGAGAGGUACAACUGGGAGGAGCAGUGUGGAGCCCUUGUUGAGAAGAUGUGGAACAUGGUCCAGGGUAAGUGCUUUGUUAAAGUACUAUUAUAA